AAGGUAUCAAAAUUUGAGCCCAAUCAAGCGACUUUCGGGUCAGCAUCUUCUUUUGGCUGGAGCCGACCACUAUGUAUAAACCUUAUUUUUCCUCUUCUCCACUGAUAUACUGUAACGAACACAAAAUCCAAAACCCUAAAGUUUCUCUUCACUACAUCAAGUUUCUGUCCAUUUCCCAAUUUCUCAGUUAUGCCACCAAAAGCAGCUAAAGGUAAAGAACUUCCUGCCGAAAGGCCGAUUCUUGGCCGUUUCUCAUCCCACUUGAAAAUUGGAAUCGUAGGAUUACCCAAUGUGGGGAAGUCUACUCUCUUCAACACACUGACAAAGUUAUCCAUUCCGGCAGAAAACUUUCCUUUUUGUACUAUUGAGCCUAAUGAAGCUCGAGUGCACGUUCCUGAUGAGCGUUUUGAAUGGCUCUGUCAACUUUACAAGCCCAAGAGUGAGGUGGCUGCCUUUUUGGAAAUUCAUGACAUAGCUGGACUUGUUCGAGGUGCUCAUGCAGGACAAGGAUUGGGGAACAGUUUCUUAUCCCACAUCCGCGCAGUUGACGGCAUUUUCCAUGUUCUACGCGCAUUUGAAGAUCCAGAUAUUAUCCAUGUCGAUGACACUGUUGAUCCUGUGAGAGACUUAGAGGUUAUAAGUGAGGAACUAAGGCUUAAGGACAUCGAGUUCAUGGAGAGAAGGAUAGAAGAUCUUGAUAAGAGUAUGAAGAGAAGCAAUGACAAACAAUUGAAAAUAGAGCAUGAAUUAUGUCUAAGGGUCAAAGCAUCACUCCAGGAAGGCAAAGAUGUUCGUCUGGGGGACUGGAAAGCUGCAGAUGUUGAAUUCUUGAAUACCUUCCAGCUCCUUACUGCAAAACCAAUUGUUUACUUGGUUAAUAUGAAUGAGAAAGACUAUCAAAGGAAAAAGAACAAGUUUCUGCCGAAGAUUCAUGCAUGGGUGCAGGAGCACGGUGGUGAAAUAAUUAUUCCUUUCAGUGCUGCUGUGGAGAGAAACCUUGCUGAUAUGCCACCAGAUGAAGCAGCAAAAUACUGUGAAGAGAACAAGUUACAAAGUUGCCUCCCAAAGAUCAUUAAGACUGGAUUUGCAGCCAUUAAUCUUAUUUAUUUCUUCACAGCAGGGCCAGAUGAGGUUAAAUGCUGGCAAAUCCGCAGGCUGAUGAAGGCUCCUCAAGCUGCUGGAACAAUUCAUACAGAUUUUGAGAGAGGGUUCAUCUGUGCUGAGGUGAUGAAAUUUGAAGAUCUAAAGGAACUUGGUAGUGAAUCGGCUGUUAAGGCUGCUGGGAAGUAUAAGCAGGAGGGUAAGACCUAUGUGGUCCAAGAUGGUGAUAUUAUAUUCUUCAAGUUCAAUGUCUCUGGGGGUGGGAAGAAGUGAGGUGGUGGUGGAUCUGCACGGAACUUAUGAAGCUGCAUCAAUUCGUUGGCGAGUUAAAAGAUGAUAUAGUUUUGCCUCAUUAUUAGGUCAUUUGCAGAUAAAGUUCAUCUUGUAUGAGAGGUUUCUGCAAAAUUUAUGACAUGUUUCAUAGUCUUUAUCUGCAUUUGUAGCUUGAUGGAUAUUCGAGUCAUUUUUGUCUUCCGUUUUUGUACUCUGUACUUCCUUUCAGUGAGGCUGAUGCCAAAUUCAAUUUAUAAGUUAUUGGCUGGCAUUAGCAUUUAAUGUUAUGUAGUAUUUGAAGAAACAAUCUGGAGAAUUGCUGAUAGAUUUAAAUCGCACAAGAUAUACGUGUUGAAA